AUGAUUUAUCUUACUCGGACCUUGACCGGCGCAAUCAGGUCGACCUCAGCGGCACCAUUCUUGCGAUCGUUCUCUCUACAACACCCCCUCCAAAUUUCAAAAGCACGCUACGACAAGCUGCGCUUGGAUCCUGAAGCUUUGAGACGUCACUUGGACAAGAACAGCGAAGUUGAGAGAUACAAAUACGCAACGCGUCCGGAGGUGCGUGAGAAGCAUUCGCGAAGGGGGAGUCGUUAUCACGGGGCACACAGAGACGACGAGGCCUACCAAUUCGUUGCCAAGUUCCAAGGGUGGUGUAAGAGGCAUACAUGGGUGCGCGAGCAACUGCCAUGGAAAACGCAUCGACCUGUUCUCCACGACGUGAAGGUCGAGCACCAUUGUAGCGGCUGCAAUUGGGCACGACGUGGUGGUGUGAAGUUAUGGUUCCAGCAUUUGACACAACCCGACAACUGGCUUUGCAUGAAGUGUUACUUGCCGAAAGAUGAUCUGGGUAGAGCCAUGCCUACAGGUUACGAGGACGUCAGAAGCUGGGAAGAGCUUGUCAAGAGAAGAGACAGCCUGAUGGUGACAGCUGCCACGGGUGAUUCGUCAACGCCUUCUUGA